AAACAUAACAUGACCAGUUUUACGACAAAUCUAAUUACUACUUUCAUUUCACGACUUUCAGAUAAUCGUUUAAGGAUGGAAAAUAGACUAAUUUACACUUUCGCAUGAUACUUUACCUACUCUAAACGAUCAUAUGACAGUGUCGUCAGAUUGUCCAUCAAUAUGCUGAUAUUUCACACCUGACAUAUGUCAUUCAUACCAAAAUUAAUAAACUGGAGUAAUUUAAACUUCGUGCAUCAUGGUAACGAACUAGCAAGGGAAUACUGUGAAUUUAUUAUCAAUCUGUAGAAAUGAAUUUAUCACAUGAGGAUUAUUCUUCAAAAGAAGUAUUAAAUCUUCAUAUUUCAUAUGGUCAAAGUCAAAUUGAACAAAAUAAAUUUAGUGUCAAUGAAUUGGUUCAAUGUUCACAAAACGAUACAACCAGAUGGAAUUCUUUGAAAAAUCACUUAAAUAUGAAUGAAAUAAAUCAACAAGUAGAUUCAACAAAUUUCAGUACUACUGCUAAAUCAUCAAGUAGUAUAAAAUCAUCAAACCAAUUGAAUGGAUGUCUUCAAAGUAAUAAUCUAGUUGACAAAACAGAAAGUUUUUGGAGUAGUCGAGAAAUGCAAGUUUUAAAACUUCGACUUCAAGAUCAUCUAAAUCAGAUUACAAGCAUAAGUACUAUAAGCGAGAAAAUAGUAACAUCGACAAGAAGAUCAUUAGAGAACACAGUUGGACAUAAUUUUAAAACUGAACCAAUCACGACGUCAAUGAAUCCUUCAACAACAUCAACAUUGUCUGAAAAUAGUUAUUUAUCAACACUUUUGAAGAAGAAAGUUACUUCAAGUCAUUCACAGAUCAAUUAUAUACCUAAUUCUUAUCACUUACAACCAUGUAUUCAAUCAGAAGCAAGUGCAUUUAAACCGGUCCCAAGUAGGCGCAUACCUCAUGGAUGUGAUAACCGAGUUCAUAUCACUGUAGACAAUAGUCAUUUAGCUACAGAUCUAGUCAAUAAUCGAUCGCUUAAUUCACCUACCUUGAUACAUCAGCCACAACAAAUAAAUACACUUUCGACGUCAUCAUCUCUAUCAUCAAUUUCUCACACGAAUAUAAUCUAUUCUAAAGUACACGAUAUAAAUAAAAUCCCUCAAACUUUGCCGACAACAUCUUUAAAUAUGCAUGAAAUAAAUAGUUUUAAAGAAUAUCAGCAAUUAAAAUUGAUUCCUUUCAACUUUUCACGUGAACAUUUGAACAGAAUACUACCACAAACUACACCGAAUGUUCCUGGAAUUUCUGUAAAUAAUAAAAAUAUCAGUGAUGAUAGGCAUGUAUUCUCAACUUCGGCAUCAUCAUCAUCAUCAUCAUCAACUUUCAUAUCCACAAUAUAUCAAAAUAAAAAAUCAAGAAAGUCAUACUCCAAUAAAAAGUGUCAAAAAUGUACAUGUUUCAAUUGUCUAUUGGCGCGUAAUAUGAACUCAAGUUGUCAUAAAAACAACAUGAAUAAUAAAAAUAGUGAUGUUUUCAAUAGUUUCAAUGUCGAAAAAAGAAGUUCACUUCAUAAAGUACACGUAUGCAAUAUAUGUGGUAAAAAUUACAGUAAAACAAGUCAUUUAAAAGCUCAUUUAAGAUGGCAUAAUGAUGAAAGACCAUUUCAAUGUAUAUAUCAAUUAUGCAAUAAAGCAUUUACUCGAUCAGAUGAAUUACAACGUCAUAUACGUACACAUACUGGAGAAAAACGUUUUCAAUGUGAUGUAUGCACUAAACGUUUUACGCGUAGUGAUCAUUUAAGUAAACACCGUAAAACCCAUGAAAUGCAUACUAGUAGUUUAUUAAAAAUAGAAAAUAGACCUUAGAAAAAAUUCCCUAAAGAGUGUCUCGCACCCAACCUAUCUUCAUCAGCCUUACACUGAUAAAUAAUGAAUUUUUUUUCUGUAUAUUAAGAGAUACAAUAUUUACUCUUACUUCACAAGUACGUUCCUUCUUUUGAGUUUGCUUUUCUUUUUUUAUACGAUUAUAUUAAUUAUUUUCCUAUAGUUUCAACACAUUUUCUACCCUGUUUUUUGGAGAUAAUUCGGGAAAAAUUUUGUUUAUAUAGUUACUUUAAAAACGAGUAGGUUUUGAUUUUCUCAUUUAAAAACACAACCAAUAAAAUCUUACCAUUUUGUAUAUUAAAUAAAACUACAUCACCU